AUGUUGAAGCUUACUGGUUUCGUUGCUAUCUUGUGUCUGAGUCUCGUUAACGCUCAUCGUCCUCUAUUGAGGCAACCUGGCAAUGGUGCUUCUCCAUUUAAGCAAACUGUCGGUAGUGGUUUUCCAGUACAGAAACCUGAUCGUAGUAACUCACAAUUAGGACAAUCUCACGGCAGUGGUCCUCAUCUUUUUCCAGGUGUUGGCCACCGCCUAUGGCUCACAGAAUUGUGCUCUAAUGGCAGUUUGACUGAAGCAUUUCUAACUCAAACUCGAGAAUUGAUUACAGAACUAAGAGAAAAUGGUUCAUUUGCUGAUGCUUUGGCAAAGCGAACACAGUCAAUAGAUUACAUACAAAGUGACGAAAAUGCUGAACUUUUAUCAUCAAACUGUACUCAAUAUUUUGCUGGCCUCUUUGCUGCAGUCAAGAGUGACAUACAAUCACAAGAUCAACCGGCACCAAAUCAGUUUAUUGUAAGCCAACGCUUUCGGGAAAUUUUCUGCGAUCUUACAAAUAUAUGCCCACGAAGAAAACCGAAUUCGAAUAAAUGA